CUGCCCCUCCGGCCCUGUCAGCGUCCAAGAUGGCUUUCCGCCGGGCCUACUCCAUCAAGGACAAACUGCAGGCCAUAGAACGCGUGAAGAAAGGCGAACGCCAGGCCUCGGUGUGCCGAGAUUUCGGGGUACCCGGAGGCACCCUCCGCGGCUGGCUUAAAGACGAGAGCAAGCUGCGCUGGUUCCUGGACCAGCUGGGGGGCGAGGUGGGCACCCACCGCAAAAAGAUGCGCUUGGCUAACGAGGAGGAGAUCGACCGCGCCGUCUACACUUGGUUCCUGACCCUGCGCCAGCAUGGAGUGCCUCUCUCUGGGCCUGUCAUCCAGGCUCAAGCGGAAGCCUUUGCCAGACAGAUUUACGGGCCCGGGUGCACUUUUAAGGCCAGCCACGGAUGGUUCUGGCGCUGGCAGAAGCGGCACGGCAUCUCUAGUCAGCGCAUUUGCGGCGAGGGGGGCGGCAGCAUCGGUGUGGCCACGGAUACAUCUCCCCUCAAAACUGAAGUGGAGGCCGGUUUCCCCGGCUCUGCCUUCUCCGAUGCUGCUCCAACCCUGCCGCCACCAGCCGCUGCCCCGUCGGAUGGGGGUGGGUACACUGAUGAUCAGAUCUAUAACGCCAACAUCACUGGGCUUUACUGGAAGCUGCUGCCAGGCCAAGCCAGGCUGUUGGACCCCUGUUGCGUGCCACCACCGCUCUUGUGUCACCGGCAGUGGGGGAAAGACCGAGUCACUGUGUUGCUUGCCGCCAACCUAACUGGCUCUCACAAGCUGAAACCGCUGGUGGUCGGAGGCCUCCGGGACCCUCCCUGUCUCCAUCGCCACAACCAGAACACAUUUCCGGCGUGUUAUCGUUAUAGUCCUGAAGCCUGUCUCGGACCUGCGCUCCUCCGGCUUUGGUUCUUUGACGAUUUCGUGCCCUGCGUGAAACGUUUUCUGCGCCGGAACUGCCUCCAACAGAAAGCAGUGCUUCUGCUCAGCUGUCCCCCCAUGUCAUCUGGGGCUGGCACAGAGGAUCCGCCCCAUCUUCAGACUCCAGACGGCUCCAUCCGGGCCCUCUGGCUUUCCAAGACUACAGGGGGACCAACGGGAGGCGGAGGCCGCCUUUCGGCGCCGCUAGAGCAGGGCGUAGCGUCUGCUUUCAAGCAGUUGUACAAGCGGGAAUUGCUAAGGCUGGCCGUGUCGUGCUUUGCAGGAGGAGGCAGUGCAGGUGAGCCUGGGCAGCCUGGUGGCGAGGGCUCCCGGGACGUCCUUUGCUCCUUUCUUCUCAAGGAUAUGUUGCGCUUAGUGGGCCUCUCUUGGGAUCUCAUCCCCGCCGGCUCCAUUGAGAAAUGCUGGCUGUUUGGCUUACGGGCUGCCUUUGAACCCCCUUCCGGAGGGGAGAUGGAACCAGGAGAGGAGCCUGCUGGCGUGGACAGCUUGGUGUUCAGUGACCUUACUCACCUGGCUGCCCUCACGUGCGAGCGGCUGGCUCCAGAGGAGGUGGCCGACUGGCUGCACUUAGACGAUGACGUAGCCAUGCAUAUAGAGGAUGACACGGGCGAGAGACCUGGCUGUGGAGGAGAGGAGGCAACCGGAGGGGAUGUUGGAGGUGGUGGGAUUGAAGGGGCGGAAUCUCCACUUCCCACUGCCCAGGAAGCCAUACAAGGCCUGCAGAAGGCGUUGGGCUGGCUAGAGAGCCAGGAUCCCCGGCAAGUUGGACCGCUAAAGCUAGUCCACCUUCGUUCCUUCAUCCACCUGGCCCAGCGGCUGCAGCGCACAGCUACCCCAGACUCCUAACAAGGACCAGAGAAGAUCAGCUACUCUCAUCCUUGUACUUUUUAACAGAAGAGUCUAUCCUUCUUGCAGCAAUAGAGGAGAAUGCCCUGAACCCCCAUAACCACUGGGAUUUGCGAAUACGUUAAUGCCGCAUAAUCAGGGCAGAACAGGGUAAUUCCUUCCCCUUUGGUGUAGUGGGGUGGGGUGGGGGCAGAAUGGAGUUACUAAAGGGGAUUAAUUUUACUCUACUAAGCACUGUUAUUUGAAGGGCCUUUUUCACUUCCAUUUCCCCUGUGGGCCAGGGUGCUAAUACCUGAUUUCUGGGGGUGUAAUUCUCCAUUGCUAGAUGGGGGAAAUGCCUGCCUCUUCAGAUCCAUAGCGUAGCAGGGCUGAGAGCAAAAGAGUCUAAGGGUGACAUGGGUGCUUGAAAUAGACUCUAAAGACGCUAGUCCUCAGGUCUCGGGUUGAAAAGUAAGUGGAAAUCGCAAUAGUGGAUGAUAGUUGCGGAGGGAAUGGAUAGCACAGGGUUGAGAGGGUGCAGAGGACAGCUCUGCUCCUAAGACAGUUUGUUUAGGGCCCAAUUCUUCCUUGUCCCAAAGGGCGGAAGCACACUGAUGUUGUUUUACCUGACUUUUUGGCCUGGUGAACGGCUUUUCCCGAACACUUGCAAUGCAGGAUAAGACAAACUGAUUGAAAACUGAAGUUUUCCAAGAUGCAGAAAAUCUCAGAUCUCAAUGCAAGUUCACAGAAAUUCAGAAGAAACGUUCACCAAGAGAUCUCUCAGUGGUGGCUUAACUGCAUUCAAUAUAAACAAAUAAUUCAGUUUCAAGAGACCCAUUGUGGUGGACUGAAGCGCAUACUUAUUAGGAAGCGGAAUAUAUAGGUGAGGAUUCUAAUUCAAACAUUGCGUAAAAGCAAAGUCGUGUCUGAAAGGAGCAAAGCUCCACUUCCAGAGAAGUGCAUAAGCAGCAGAGGGGGGUCCCUACUUAAUUCCAUACAGACCAUAGAACCACUGCUUCUGUGUCAGACCCACCUGUUUCAAAACCUAUUUUUGUAAGAAUUUAAUAUUCAUAGAAAGGGCUGGCUGUUAUUCCCGUCUCUCCAUAUUUAGUUCCAUGUGGAAUGCUCCCACCCACCCCAAACAAUGCCUUUUUUCUUACAUGCUCUGAGUUGGAACUAGUGGGACAGUUAAUAAGCUAUGGGUAACAUCAUGCACAGAUGAAAGGACGUAACAGCACUGCCACUGCAUGGAGACUUUAUUAGAUGUGUAAGUGGGGAGCUCCUGCCUCCCAGCCAAAGCAUUA